GGCAGUACCUAUGGCUGGCCUAUAGGGAGCGCCACUGCUAUACAUACCUAACGUUAAACCCAAUGGUCUAUUGAAAUGCAGUGACAUUUUGCUGACAUUGAAUACCCGGAGCCGACUCUCUAUAGCACACAGUCUUUGCCAUUGGAUUAACACUACUGUUAGGCGUAAAGCGUGUUAACACAGCCGGGGGUUUGUUGUAUCCGACCAUCACCGAUAACAGUCCAGUGAUUAUCACCACAACUCGAGAGAGUCUCGUGAGUCUUCAUCUGUCGAUCACGUGAAGAGCACAUCGUCUAAAGACAUAUAUAUAAAUCAAGACAUACCGGAAGAAUAACACCACAAGACAUAAUGGGUGGCGGAAAUCUGGUGAUACUGCCGGGAGACUCGUGCGCGUACGGGUCGCCCAAGUUCUUCGCGCUGUGCGGUUUGGGUGGUGUCCUGUCGUGCGGUGUCACACACACGGCGCUGACGCCACUGGAUCUGGUGAAGUGUCGCAUUCAAGUGAAUCCCACCAAAUACAAGGGCAUUGGGUCGGGCUUUAAGGUGACCGUCGCGGAGGAGGGUAUGCGAGGGCUGGGCCGCGGGUGGGCGCCCACGGCGUUCGGCUACUCUCUGCAAGGGUUGGGCAAGUUUGGUCUCUACGAGGUGUUCAAGAAGGUGUACGCCGACGCCAUCGGCGAAGAGGCGGCCUUCCAGUGGCGGACAUCACUCUAUUUGGCCGCCUCGGCGUCGGCCGAGUUCUUCGCCGACAUCGCGUUGUGUCCGUUCGAGGCGUGUAAAGUGCGGUCGCAGACACAGCCCGGAGCGUCGCCGCUGUUGCGCGUGAUUAUGCCCGGCAUCUGGAAGAGC